CGAAAUGUUGUUCUGUGAAAAUAGGAAACUGAUUUUUGUUCAGAUAUUUCUAGUGUUCUUUGUAUUGCAGAAGUUCGGCACCACAACUGAAACUGUGGAACCUACAACAAAAGCUUUUGUGGCCAAAAAGAUUUUUAAACUGUUGAAUAAAUUGGAGAAUAGCAGGGAUCUCGACUCGAACACCAAAUUCACAGCAAUUUUAGCGGAAUUUUUGAUCAAACAAAAAGUGCGUUUUUAUGAGGCCACACGUUUCGAGGAGCAAAUUUAUUUCAAAAUUUUGCAAAAACUCAAUGGUAUAAUAAAGAAAACGGAUGACAGCGAUUAUUCCAAUGUUUAUAGACGCAUUUUAGAUAAUAUAUUUCAAAAGGAUAUCUUGCUCAUACCUCCGACACUUAAAGAGCGGCAUAUUGAUGUGCAUAUGGAAUAUGACUCCCUGCUUCCGAGUUAUGAAGAAUUGGUGGAUACUGGAGUCCCAAAUGCAACAUUAUCUGAUGUUUGCCUGGAUGCCAUUGUAACGUUGGACAUGGACAACUGUAACCUUCGCAGUGAUUGCAUGGAAGUCUUAACAUCAGAUUUACCCACGUUCGGUUAUCAUCGCAUGCAUCAAAUUCUGCUACUUUAUGUGUUUAUGCAGCAUAAAUGCUCCACAAUUUACGGGUCCAGAGCAGCAUUUGAAAUAUUGGCGAGUGAAAAGUGUACACAGGCAUAUCGAGAGUUUAAUGUUAUCAAAAAACUGGGCAUUCCUUUAAAGUUGAGGGACUUGUUUUUGGAGCAAAUCACUGUAUGCAGUCUUUUUGGCUAUGAGGAGUUUUUAAAUUGGCGCAAUGUUGGGCUUUUGAUGUCCUGGAAAACGGACAACAAUGGCUGCGGUUGUCUAACAGAGCCGGAAAGUCUAACAGGCAGCUGUGACUGCAAUGACCACUUGAUUAAUUUAGCACUUGUUUACUACAUCAAUGCUUUAUUGCUUUUGUAAAAUCACAAAAAUAUACAAACAAUAAUAAUAUUCAUAACUAACUAAACAUAUGGAUGAAUAAAGUUUUCA